AUGUCAGUCGUCUUGACAAGGUCGCCAUUGGAAGUUGUUGGAAUGAACGGAAGCGUAUCGCAGAAAAGACGCAGCGCGCGGCUGUCCGGGGAGGGCAACAGCAAUGAAGGCGCAGAAAAUGAGCCACCAACCAAGAAGGCAAAGGUCAAUGGCGCGUCAACGACGACAACCUCGGUGAACACGAAACAGCAGGAUGGCGAUCAAAAUAAGACAGCGUCUAAGAAGAAACGGAAAGAAUACACAGAUGAGGCGGACGAUUUCAAAUUUGCAAGGAAAGGGAGCCGGCGAAAGAAAGACGCGACGAACUCUGACCAGAAACAAAUAUCCGCGGACAAGUCUGCUGAGGAGACUACAGCAGCGCCGGCCGAACCACCUGCACCAGAGCCCGUAGCAGACGAGCCAGUACCCAAAACAGCUCAGAAGAAGACUCGAAAGCGUCUACCGACCACGCCUGAACUUGGGGAGAAGGAGAAGCCAGUGCGUCGUAGCAAGCGGCUAUCAAAUGAGGCGGAGGAGCAUGCAGCGACGCAGCCUUCACCCCACCGCGCAUCUCACGCCAAAUCGCAUGCCAAUGCAGAACGACAGGCCAGUCCAGCUCGUGGUAGGCCACUCACGAUCGAGAAGAAUCGGAAGGCUGGUAAUGAUGGAGGCGAAGAGGCAAAGGUGAUGCGCAUCAUGCUCCCUUUUGCCGACACUCCAGUACAGCGACGGAAUAAAGAAAUGCGAAAGGGCAGUGGCGAGAAUGGCAGGCGGAGCAGCGCUGGUUUGCGAGGCAAGCGAGCGAGUAGCGUGAUUGACGAGGGACGUGGUCAUGCAAUGCCGCAUAGCGAAGUGCCUUCGUCUGAGUUUUUCAAACAUAUUUCUGCGGAUCUCACGGAGCCAAGACGCAUGCGGUGUCUCCUUGGAUGGUGUGGGAUACGACUUUUACCGCCGAAACCCACUCCGCCUGCUCAGAGUGCUCCUACCGCGAAUCAGGAGUUCCAAGCUCUUCAAGCUGCACGCGUGAUACAAGAGGAGCUGUCCCAGGAUCUUGUCAACAAUGGAAUGCUCAGCGAUUGGUUCUCACGGGACGAGUCAGUGCCUCCUCAGCUCCCACUAAGGAAGAAGCCGAAUCCUCGUAAUAUUGCAAAUGCAACGAAGGCAGAAGAGCUUGAAAGAGAGCUCGAAAGAUUAAAGAGCGAACGGGCCGAGUGGGAUGAGCUGGUAAAGUCUGCAGCAGCGGUCAAUCUGCAGCACGAAGAACAAUCCGAAGAUGGACCAUCAUCGGUUCACCCAGGACACCUUGACAGUCCGCAAAGAGCGAUCUUUGAGCAAUUACAAUCCGCUCCAGGUGCAUCGGCGACAGACCCUGCAGCGAUUCAGGAACGUCUCAGAACAAUCUCGAACGAUAUCGAAUUUGCGGUGGAUAGGUUUGUGCAUGGCAUUCAUGCGCUCAAGACGACGCGGGAUACUGCGGAACGAGUUGCAGAUAAAUCGUUGGGAGAUGCUGCGCACGUUCUUGACCAAAGGGAGAGGCAGAGGCACCGCGCUUCCGACAAGGGUGUUGGUCAGAUGGAUGCUUUAAGGGGCCUGGCGCGAGUGCUCAAUGCGCAGCAGAGAAGGUGA